AGAAGUAGCUAAGAGAGCGCUGCUGCGUCACAGCACUGUCCUCUGCAGUGAAGUUGGUAAAUAAGGUUUGACCUCGCUGUGGAGAGAGGGCGGUAGAUAAACUAGAUUAAACGCUGUGUGCUGUAGUGAAGUAACAACAACAACAGCAGCAGCAGUAGGAGGGCGACACUCCAAACAGCCACGUAACCCCUGCUGCUAACAUACAAACACAGUGGAGUCCUGUGGUGGUGUAAGGACGAGGCCCAGUGAAAGUUGCUGCUCAGUAGUCUCAAUAAAGUUUUACUGACCUCGCCUGUGUCCACAGAGCUGGACAUACGAGCAGCAGCAGUACAGUCGCCGCCCCACAGCUGCUGAUCAUCAUGGCAGGUGAUAUGAUGUUACUAAUGCGGGGCUUGGCUAAAUUAAGCCAGGCAGUUGUUGAGACUCAGGCCAGUACCUUGCGCAGUGGCACAGCAGUUGCAGGAGUUGGUGCUGCUGUCCAGGGCGUCCAGUCAGCAGCUGAACAAGGCUUUUCUGUUGCCAUGAUGAAGAUGCAGGAACUGUCUGGCCAGCAGCAAACAACUUCCUCAGAGCAGGAAUUUGACUUUCCUCAGGAUGAAAGUGAGUUCUCAACUUCAGAGUUUAGAGAGGAAAGCUCAGAGUUUACUUCGGAUCACUCAGGAAUUGGCACCGACACAGCAGCCUUUGAGAGCGCAGCAGCAGCAGCAGCAGCAGCAAGCGCAAGCCAUGUCAACGGGAAACAGUCUCUGUUUGAGGGAUACAAAGAUCCAAGCAAGCAGUUCAGUGGAGACUCCAGAUCUUACCACCAUGAUGCCAGACAUUACACUGGACGCCAUCAUCUCUACAGUCUGAACAGACACGUGGGGGGGCAACUAUGCUCUCAACAUCUGGUCACGCAGAUCAGAAGCUACCAUCAGGACCAGUCCACAGUUGGAGGUCUGACAGCGGAAGACAUUGAGAAAGCGAGACAGAGGAAGGGGCCUGAGACUAAACCACACAAACAGAUGUUAAGUGAGAGAGCCAGAGAGAGGAAAGUGCCUGUGACACGGAUCAGCAGACUGGCCAACUUUGGAGGUCUCGCCCUUGGGUUGGGUAUUGGAGCUCUGGCUGAAGUUGCUAAGAAGACCAUGAGACAUAGUGGUGGGUCAGGGGAAAAUAAGGCAGUUCUGGACUCCAGCCCCUUUCUGUCAGAGGCUAAUGCCGAACGUAUCGUCAGGACUCUGUGUAAAGUCAGAGGAGCGGCACUGAAACUGGGACAGAUGCUCAGCAUUCAAGACGACGCAUUCAUCAACCCACAGCUCGCCAAGAUAUUUGAGCGUGUGAGACAGAGCGCUGACUUCAUGCCAAUCAAACAAAUGACGAAAGCACUGAACCAUGACUUUGGCCCUAACUGGAGAGACAAGUUGGCGUUUUUCGAGGAACGUCCUUUCGCAGCAGCCUCCAUUGGCCAGGUUCACUUGGCGAGGAUGAAGGACGGCAGGGAAGUGGCCAUGAAAAUACAGUACCCCGGUGUGGCUCAGAGUAUCAACAGUGAUGUCAACAACCUCAUGGCGGUGCUGAAUAUGAGCAAUGCCCUGCCUGAUGGUUUGUUCCCGGAGCAUCUGAUAGACGUUAUGAGAAAAGAGCUGGCACUGGAAUGCGACUACAUAAGAGAAGCCAAGUGUGCUAAGAAAUUCAGGGAGCUACUGAAGGACCAUCCGUUCUUCUAUGUACCAGAGGUGAUCGACGAGCUGAGCAGCGGCCACGUCCUGACCACGGAGCUCGUCCCCGGGUUUCCUCUGGACAAGGCUGAGAACCUCUCGCAGGAGCUGAAAAACGAGAUCUGUCACAACAUCUUGACGUUGUGCCUCAGAGAGCUGUUUGAGUUCAGGUACAUGCAGACGGACCCAAACUGGUCCAACUUCUUCUACGAUCCACAGACACACAGGGUGGCACUGUUGGACUUUGGAGCCACGCGAGGAUUUGAUCAGAGUUUCACAGAUGUCUACAUCGAGGUUAUCCGUUCAGCUGCUGAAGGCGACAGUGAGGGAGUCCUGAAGAAAUCUAUAGAGAUGAAGUUCCUAACUGGCUACGAGUCCAAGGCGAUGAUCAACGCCCACGUGGACGCGGUGAUGAUCCUCGGCGAAGCCUUCGCUUCCACGGAGCCUUUCAGCUUUGGUUGUCAGUCGACCACAAAGAGGAUCCACAACCUGAUCCCCGUGAUGCUCAAACACCGCCUCACUCCGCCUCCGGAGGAAACAUACUCGCUGCACCGCAAGAUGGGCGGCUCUUUCCUCAUCUGCUCCCGUCUGAACGCACAGCUGCCCUGUAAGGAGAUGUUCCAGUCUGCGUAUCAGAAGUACUGGGAGGGCCGCACGCCGCCCUCUCAGCCGGCGUAAGCCGCUCUCAGGUGUCAGAAUGUUUGAUGGACAGGUCCUGGGGCCAACGGCAAAGUGCCCAUCCAUGUUAAGGUCAGUCAGGUGUGAAGAUGCAGGAGUGCAGAGUGGAGGCCAUGUUACCUUCUUCUUAAGCUGAACACCAGCUCAUCUUUUCCAUUUUGGGUGUCCCACUUGAACAUAUUUACAGCUGCCACUUCUGAAAAGGAGAGAAUGGCAAUAUGGCAUGUGGAGGCCAAGCUCUUACCCUGUGUAUGGCCCUGAGAAAGACUGAUAAAGAGGGUGGGUGUGGAUAUAAGAGAGCAACAAUCUUGUUAAGGUGUAAAAUGAAUGUAAAAUGGUUUGACUUUUUUCUGUCUAACAUGAUUGUUUUGUUGUUUUGUUUGUUUUUGCUGUGUUUGGUUGAACUCUUGGGAAAUCACUCUGAGUAUUUAAGUUUGUUUUGUCAUCAACCAGAAAAGAGACAUUGAUUACAUCAGGAAUUAGUUGGCAUCAGGGUAAGAAAGCAGAACUCCGCCAAAGUGGUAAUAAUGGGGUUAAAGGUCCAGUCCAACAUUGAGGAGGUUUUAUUAGCAAGUAUAUUUGAAUAAUUGUAUAAUCACUUUAAAAUAAAAAUUAAUUGGUUAUCAUAGCUUUAGAAUAAAUCUUGUACCAUAGAUGAGCGCCUCACUUUACAGAGGCCAACAUUUUGUGCUGCCACAUUUUUUAACGGCAGCCUGAAUGGACCGACCCAAGUACAGCAGGGUUUUUGCAUUUUGCAGUGAAACUUUUUAACAAAACAAACCAAACAAUGACCAUAGUAUUUUCCUGACGCACUCGGUAAAGGGAGGGCUGAGUUUGGAGGACAACCUGCAGUCUCACCACCAGAUGUCACUAAUUCUUACACACUGGAUCUUAAAUAUACAGUUCAAGCCAUCACAGUCACAGUAGUUGACCAGGAAGAGGAAGGACCAACUUGUCAGACUCGUAAUAAUCUCUGCUCCAGUUGUUUUUCACAGGCGACACUCACUGCUAUAGUUUUGAUACAAAACAUAAUCUUUUAAGAGAUGGAUUUAGUGUUAAAGUAAAGAUUCAAAGCCAUCAAGUUGCUUUUUUUUGGGAAAAUUAUGACUAGAGUGGAGAUUGUCUGCAUUAACACGCACAAAGAUAUAUUUUAUCUAUGUAGUAUUCAGUGUCUUCUGCUGCUUCCACCCACAUUUACAGUACUAAAAUGUUUUUGAUCAUGUUUCAGUCACUGUUAAUAGCUUUUUAAGGGAAAUCCUUGGCACACGACUGAUUGAAAUAGUCUGACGGGUGCGUUUUAAUGAUCCCCUGGUUAAAGACAUGAUUUUACACACUUUUGCUCUGUUGAUAUUUCUCUGUAGUACCUCAUGUCCACAUAUGAGAUUUGUCACAUGGGUUUUUGGUUUGUUGCCAGCACAACUGUUACCAUUGUGUCCCUGAACCAUAAUUCUGUGCGACGUAUUUCAGUGAAUCCAUCUCAGAGGGUCAGGCCCACAGUGGUGAAUAAUAACGAAGAUGGAUGACAUCAACUCGUGCGUUUGCGGACUGUUCAGUCUCUUCUCAGGUGUGGAGGUUCAUCACCUGGUUGCCGUGACACAAAGGUUUUCUCUCAUCUGCUGCGUGAUACAGUUAUAAGAAGGUGUGAAGAAAAUGUAAAAAAAACAAAAAAAAAAUUGGUGCCUGUAGAUUCCAGUGGAACAUUUUUUUUAUAUUUUAGAAUAUAAAUACAUUUCCUGUCGAGACCCGGUGAAACAGUGGUUUAAAACUUUGUAAUCUAAAGGCAUUCUUAACUGAAACAUGUGAUAAAAGAUAUUCCAGAAAAAGAGUAAAUGUUUGUUCUUCUCUUGUCAAAA